UGCACGCCUUAUCGAUUUUCGAUUGUUCGGCAUUAUAGGAAUUGUAUUGCGGAGUAGUGUAAACGAUAGUUUUAUUACUUAUUUUAUUUUAUAAAGGUGUGUCCGACGACUGGCUUCGUGCAAGAAAACCCGUCUUGGUUCAUUUCUAUUACGCAACCUCACGCCAUCUCGUGGUAGGAACAAUGAUCCACUUAGUACCGCUACUCGUCGCCGCGGCGCUAGUGUCGCUGCAGGGUUCGACAGCCUAUGCACAGAUAGACGGAGCUAAAAUCGAACUAGAUAGCAGGCUUAUACCGAACGCAAGACAAGCGGCCGUCGUAAGACCCAAGAGCCGCACGGUGGGCAAAUACGUCAAGAUAUCCGUGCCGCUGCCGGAGACGACCCGGUACGUUCCUGGCACGGCCCUAGUGCUACAGUGUGAGGUCAUGGGAAACCCCGCUCCGUAUGCCGAGUGGACGAAGAACGGCGUACCAGUUUCCAACUAUGCAGAAGAAACAAACGAGAUCUUCCCGAUAAACCAGCUCAGCCCCGCCUUCCUGACCACCAAAUUCGUGGUGCGCUCGGCCUCCAACGGAGACGUGUUCACAUGCGUCGGCAUUUCGGGACUGAGAGAAGUUAGCUCUUCCACAACCAUUUACGUUGAAGGUGACGGAUCAGAUACCCUCAUCAACCAGAUGAUGCCAUCGAAACCUAUCAUCACAGCCUCUUACAGCGAUCUCCUCCAAACAUUGGGAUCAAGUGCGACUUUGACCUGCCGCGUGUACAGUCCCACGGAGACUCAAGUGAUGUGGAUGGAUAACAAAAAUAACAUCGUGUUCGGAAACGAUAGGUUGAGGGUGCUGCCGUCCGGUGAUCUCCAUAUAACGGCAAUCAUAUGGGAAGACAUGGGCAUAUGGACAUGUUCCGUAAAGAACGCGUUCGGAAGGGAUGUCGCGGAAACCUUCGUGUACCCGAUAGCUCAACGGCGAAUGACAAAAGAAUAAAAGAAAAGAACGAUUCAGGCUAUCCAACUGAGUUACCCGCCGACGAUAUUCGAUGUUCCUACAUUCUUAAAUUAUAAGUGCACAGAUAUAAGAAUUAAGAUUGGUAUUGUAUUUAGUUGUGCUCACGAAUGGUACUUUGUAAGGGAAAACGUACUUAACUAUUUAUUGUUUCGUUAAAGAAUUAUAUUUUACACUUUUUUAUUAUUGUUAAGAAAUAGGUAAUAAUAAAAAAUAGGUUUGAACACUUUCGCACAAUUUUUGUAUUUCAAAAUAAAUUGCAUGGGUUUCCACGCUAAUAUAUGCGGGAAGAUUAAAAGAAUAGACUGUAUUAUUACAUCAGGUUCAGUUCUUUCAGAUGAAAUUCAGUUGUUGAGUAAACGCAACACAUUUUAGUUAUUUAAAACAUAACAUUGUGCUUUGUAUGCUCAUGUACGCACCUUUUCUAUCAGGAAUGAAAAUGCAGUUUUUCUUAAUCAAUAGCAUGGCAGUUAAAAGUGUACAAAUACGAUCAAAUAUAAAUAUUUUUCAUAUUCGAUUACACUAACGCCUAUAUUAGUUCUGCUGACAUGACGAAGAACUGAGAUAUUGCUAUAAAUUAUGGCAGGCUCUUACGCUGCGUAGAACCAGUGUUCGACAUGAUUUUAUUAUUAUAUAAAACCGUAUGAUAACAAUUUUAACUUGCCCUUUGUCCAAAAUCAUAUUGUAAUAAUAAUUUACUUUUAAAAAAGAGAUAACGUCAAACUGUAUAUAUUAGCUAGCUGGUAUCUUAAACUACUGAACAGCAUAAAAAGAACAGUGUUAAAAACUGCAGAGAGCAAACAUUUCAUACUGGUAAUAUUUUUUUAUUGUAAUACGGGGAAAGCCGGACAUGCAUUUAAAUUAAAUGAAAUUAAAACGAUAGGCAUUUUUCCAUAGUGGAGACCGAAAAUAAACAAUUCAAAAAGUAGUUUAUCUACUCAAUAGCAGAUGGCGCUAAGAGUUGUUUUGAGUUUUAUUGUGAUAAAGUUUUGUAUUCGUUAUUUUUAAGAGAUUUUUA